AGUGGAAGUAUGAGGUGGAGAUAAGCCCAAUGACCCCUAAACGCUUAAAACGACAUCGCUUUAACGCAACGACGUCGCAUAGCUAUUGCUGAAUAAAAUGAUGCGACUUGGUCUUCUUCUACCUUGGGUUACUCCGUCUCACCGUCGCUAUCUUCCUCCGAUCGGCGGUUCGAUUCUCCAAAGUAUCUACUCAUGCUGUUUCAGUUCUAAGAGCAGAUAUAGGUUGAAUCGCGUGACCGCAGACAUGGAGACUCAAAACAAACUAAUGGAAAAAGCUAGAAGACCUGUUAAUUCCAGAUUGUGCAGAGUUUCUGGUUCGAUGACGGAGAUAAUGGAGAUUAAAGCUGAGAAUCCCACAUACCUUGUAUUGUUUAUCCCGGGAAAUCCAGGUGUUGUGUCAUUUUACAAUGACUUUUUGGAAUCUUUAUACGAGUUUCUUGAUGGAAAUGCAUCUAUAAUUGCUGUUGGACAAAUAUCUCACACGAGCAAGGACUGGGAGUCUGGGAGGCUAUUUUCGUUUCAAGAACAAAUUGAUCAUAAGAUAGAUUUUAUCAGGCAGGAGUUGGAGAGCGUGAAAGUUCCAAUAGUAUUGGUUGGGCAUUCUAUUGGAUCUUAUAUAUGCCUUAAUAUAUUGAGGAAGUUUUCGGAGAAGGUGGUAUAUUGUGUUGGCCUAUAUCCCUUUUUAACGUUGAACCAACAAUCAAAACAGCAAUCAUUAAUUGGGAAACUUGCAGCGUCUUCUGUUCUUUCGGCUACAGUGAGUUUUCUGAUUGCUUCACUGAGACUUUUACCUAUGUCUGCUGCACGGCUGCUUGUAUCCAACUCCAUUGGAGCUUCAUGGUCUGAUACUGCUGUUCAAGCUACUUGCACUCACUUGAGGCAGUAUCACACCAUGCGCAAUGUUCUCUUUAUGGCAAAGUCAGAGUUUACAGAGCUUGCAGUAGAGCCAGAUUGGGAUUUCAUGAGAGAAAACCAGAGCAAGCUUGCAUUUUUAUUUGGCAUUGAUGAUCAUUGGGGUCCACUGCAACUCUUUGAAGAGAUUUCUAAGCAGGCUCCAGGUACUUCCUUAUCUAUCGAGAGGGAAGGUCACACGCACGGAUACUGCUGCACGGUGGCUGGCUCAGAAUGGGUUGCGCAGCACGUAGCCACUCUGAUCAAGAACCGGUUUUCGCAGCUCCAGUAAAGUAGUACAUUACCCUUCCUCUUCCUUUACACACAAUAAACCAGUCUGUGAACAUAUGCAUUCUAGACCAUCAAAAGCCUUUUUAAAAAAUGUUUGUUGUACUAAUACAGAGUAGUUUAAUAUGUAUUGGUAUCUUGGAGAUGGUUAUGCAAAAGUGUUUGGUUUCAUGUAA